AUGACAGAAAGUGUAGGUGGAAAUAAACUAGUAGAUUUUUUGGUAAAUGUUCAAUCCAUUUUGAAUGCUGCCUCUGUGAAAUGUCAUGUAGUAGAUGAAAGUUUUCCAGCCAAGUUCUUUGAGAAAAAUCCGGAUAAGAUAUAUGAAUCAUAUUGUAAAUUCAUUAAAAAUAGAAGUAACUCUGAAGGUUUGAUACGUAAUGAAGAUAAAUUAGUUUUGACAACUAUCAAUAAGAGGUUUGAAAAUGGAGAGUACGAACCCAUACAAGGUGGGUUUUAUAAGCUGUAUCACGACAUUAAGCUGGUUUGUACAAUCCUCAUUCACUUUUAUCCUCAGGGUACAAGAAACUACCAAUUAGUCGACAAGUUCUACAAAUUUUCUUCAGAGCUUUUAUUACGAGAAUGUUGUAGGAUAGGAAUUGCUCUAACGCAAACUAAUAAUAUUAAAUCAAGAAGUGGUAAGUUGUUGAGCGGAAACGAGAUGGAUGAAUACGACGAUGACGAUGCAACAGAACUAGACAAAAUAAUCUCUUAUGAUUUUAUUAAGAUUUCUAUGAAUUACACAGUGCCGAUUUCUCAAACAUAUCAGAUAAGAACGAAGGAUAUGGACCUUUUUUCUUCGAUAAUUUCUAAAUCUAAUCUUGACAAAAGACCUCAUGAACUUCCUAAUACAAACUUCAAAAUAAACAACGUCUUACCUCAAACUGAUAUAGAAAACGAAGCUCCAAGAUUAGGAUUUGUAGGCGCUAAUACUAGUAAUAUUCCGGACCCUACGUUACCACCAACUGAAAUGAUGACUAGAUUUUUGCAUCCAAAUUGGUAUGCUUUACCUACAACCGUCUGGCUAAAAUAUGGUAAUUAUAAUUCUUGGGCACCUUCCUUUAAUGAAAACGGCACCGUUGUGGAUUCGACAACAAGGGGUCUUAUUUGGCUUGAAAGAAUUGGUUAUAUGGACUUGUAUGAAAAAAAUGAAAAGAAAGUAAAACAAGAAGAAUUACUGAACACGAAUGAAGAAGGCAUAAACAGGAAGCAGAACGAUGAAAACAACAAAAAUGUUGACGGCAAAAGCAAUGGCGUUCAGGACGAUGGUGGUGAUAAUGAUAAUGAUGCGACUAUCGCUUCUGCAAAUUCAGAGAGUACUGAGAAUAAGGAACAAUUCAUAAUCAAGCUUCAAAACUUAUAUAAUUGGACACCAUCUAAUUACAUUGGAGAUGACGAAAUUGAGAACUUUCGAAAUGGCACACCAGAUAAGUUGGUUUCAGACUCUCUCUUAAAACUUAAAAGACUUAGAAAGGAGAGGAUUUUAAAUAAAGUUUUGAAGCCUACUACGGAGGAACGAGAAUUAUACUUCAAAGUGAAAAGAAUACUAAAGGAGGUUAUCUUAGCAAAGAAGGUUUCCAAGGUUCCUAUAAACAAUGUAAGGGCCUUUCCAGUAUUACAAACAAACUAUAAUGGUAGCAUACCUGUGGUAAGGGCGCAACCAGGUCGUAAACGGAAACACAAGAAAUAA